AAAAUAAAUCGUAUCGUUCAACCGGAACUAGAUCCAUAUAAGGAAGUAAGAAAUAUCAUUACGCGUGUCUUGUAAUCUCAUAUAAACAACGAUCAGCGUGUCGGCUCAGUCGUAAUUAAAACUUCAUUCAAGUCGGAUCUGUAUCAGAGUGUCUGAAUCAGUGUUUUGGAAAAAAAAUCAUUUUAAGUUUAUAAAGUUGAAGGUAUGAAGGUCCAAUUCGCCUGCCUCCUAGCUCUUGUAGUUUGCUGCUCGGCAUUUAUAAAAGGAAGAAAAAUUAAACGUCCAAAUUGUGAUACAACAAACGGAAAAAAAGUAGAUGGCUUCAGCUGCGGCGAUGGACAGUGCAUUUGGAAAAGUUUGCGUUGUGAUGGGAGACAGGAUUGUUUUAAUAGUUUUGACGAAGAGGAAAUCUUGUGCGCUUUUGAGUCGUAUAUUCCCGAGUACGUUUGUUCAGACAACGAAUUUGAUUGCGGCAACGGUAAUUGCAUCAACAGAAAAAAACGCUGUGACGGUCAACGCGAGUGUGAUAAUGGCAAAGAUGAGAAGAAUUGUGACGACACGUAUUUAAUCCGACCAAAUUGUGACGAGGAGAAUGGUAAACCUGUAACUGGAGUAGAUUGUGGUGACGGAAUGUGCAUAUUUUCGAAUCAGCUUUGUGACGAUAAACCAGAUUGUAUGAAUGGAAUGGAUGAAUCUCCCUUAACGUGUCCCGAUAAACAUAAGGAUAUUUGCACAGAAAAAGAAUUCCAAUGUGCAUCAUCAAAGCAGUGUGUACCUUUAACAGAUAGGUGUGACGGUACUUCCGACUGUAAAAAUAACUACGACGAGCACAAUUGCCCCUCUAAAAAAUGUGCUAAAGGCAAGAUUGAUUGCGGAGAUGGUCAAUGCUACAAGGUAGAAAAAUUAUGUGAUGGCGAACAGGACUGCUUCAACAGAGCAGAUGAAAAACACUGCACACCGAAAGUUUGAAACUGUGUGACGUCAACAACUAUAAUGGUAACCAAAUUGACUUUUGAAGAGCAUUAAUUGUCUACAAUCCACUGGUUUGUUGAUCUUCUGUACAAUCAAAUCCAAGGAACUUUCAUGUAAAUAGAGACUUCAUCGAAGUAUGAUUUUCCUUAUAGUAUCUUGUGUGUAAAUAACUAACACAACUACGAACCUCUGCCGAUUUCAACGUGCACAGUGACUUAAAACUACGAAAUCUUGCAAGAUAUCGACUUCGAUUAAAGUUCUCCGUAUAGUAAUAACUCUUUAUUUGGCUUCUGGAAUAAUAUAGUAAUGUACUUUUGUAAAAGAGAGAACUACUGUAUGUAGGGGCAUGGCUAGAUAUAACUGGCUGUUAAAAAUCGCAUGCAGUUUUGAACAAAAAUGAAGAAAAGUAAAUGUCAAAUUGACUAGUCUCUGCAACCGGCAGAUGAUCAUACGUUUAUUGUCCAUGUACCGCAACGAAUUAGCAAGCGUUUGUAUUGACAUACCACACUAUCACUCACCACUCGAUCACUAACAGAGUACUUUGGCUUAGAUGUCUGUUUUCACAUACACUUCUUUUUUGGACGCCAGUCUGAGAAUAGGAAAUUUCAUUAUUUUAAAGCCUUUCACAAACAAUAUCAAUCUGAUUAAUAAAAGGAAAAAAUAUAAAUGUCCGAUUAAAUAAUAAUUUUGUUCUAUUGUCUCACGAAACAUAAUGCUUAGUUUAUUUUAGUAGACAUAAUAGGCCUACGGCAACGCUAGGUUGAUACUGUGAAGAAAGUAUGUAGGACUACACAUCUAGUAGCUAAUUGAAACGUUUGAUUAUUUGAUGAUAAAUAUACAAACUCGACCUCAUUUCGAUUUUCAUUUGUAUUUGUAAUACUGUAAUUGAAAACUUCAAAAUCAGGAAAUGAUGUCGAUGGGUGCACAUUUUUGAUGUCAUUCGUUUUGUGAAUAAUUAAUUAUUUUAAUGCAUUGUGAAAAAUGCUACUGGUAUAAUAUUUUGUAAUACUAUCACCAUAUUCGUUUUUGUGAAAUAUAUUUAUUUGUAUAGUAGUGACAACAUAA